AUGGAAGAAACCUGGAGCCGCGCUGUAAAAGGUCUGACGGAUUUUAUGGGCUUCCUGAGCCCCAGAGAAGACGGCAGCCCGCAGGCAGCGGCAGCCGCAGAAGCGGCCAAUGCGGAAAUAUUGCUACCAAAUGAGAGAGAAUUUCAGCACGCCGCUAAAACUAAUAAUCUGGACACUAUGGAAAGACUAUUUAGGGAAAAUGUUAAUAUUAAUGCUGUAAAUAUUCUGAGGCGCACAGCGCUCCAUUUUGCUGUUGCAGGAAAUCAUAUAUCUGCUGUGGAUUUUCUUCUUCAUCACAAAGCUAGAGUUGACAUUGCAGAUAAGCAUGGACUUACUGCGAUUCAUCUUGCUGCAUGGUCUGGAAAUUUAGAUAUAAUGCUGAUAUUAAUUAAAGCAGGUGCUGAUCAAAAAGCAAAGAACCAGGAAGGAUUGAAUGUCCUGCAUUUCGCAGCUCAGAACAAUAAUGUUAGAAUAGUAGAUUAUUUUAUCCAAGACCUACACCUGAAGGAUCUGAAUAAACCUGAUAAGAAAGGCAAAAAGCCAUUCCUUCUGGCAGCUGAAAUGGGGCAUGUAGAAAUGAUAAAUGAAUUGAUUUCCCUUAACUUAUUCACCACAGAAAAGGACAACGAAGGAAACAGUGCAUUGCACCUGGCUGCUAAAAAUGGCCACAGUGAGGUGGUAGAAGCUCUUCUGGAUCAUUGGGAAGAAAUAAAUGAGAUCAAUCAGAAUGGCGAAACACCAUUUUAUCUGGCUGUUGAAGGAGGCCAUGAAAAUUGUGCAGAUCUCUUAUUGGAAUCAGGAAGUGACAUCAAUAUUUCAAACAAACACGAUACCAAUGCAUUGCAAAUUGCAACCCAGAAUGGACAUACACCUUUGGUCAGAUUUCUUAUUACUAAAAAUAUAGAUCUGGGUGCUCAGUCUCAGCAAAAGAAUUCUCCUCUCCAUUUGGCCAUCUUAAAAAACAACCUAUCCGUGGUCAGUAGUUUAAUAGAUGCUAACCAUGACCUAAACUCUCUCAAUCAGAGACAUCAAACGCCUGUACACCUGGCAGCAGACCUUGGCAAUGUAGAAGUAAUGGAAAUGCUGCUAAAGGCAGGUUGUGACCUCAACAUUGUGGAUAAGCAAGGAAAAACCACACUAGCCACAGCUUCCAGGAGCAAUCACGCCUUGAUUGUAGAUAUGAUUAUAAAAGCAGAGAGGUAUUACAUCUGGAAACAGGAGCAUUGCCGAAAUGGUGGUGAUCUGCCAAGUGAUGUCCUGUCUUUUAAACAAGAUCACAGUGUGCAGACCAAACAGAUCCGGUCCUCUCUUUGGAAUCUGGCUUAUAAUCAGUUAAAAAUGGGAGAGUGGACAAAACUGGCACUAUUCUGGAAUUUUACAGCUGAACAAAUCAAAGCUAUUGAAGAACAAUGGACAGGGAAAAAGAGCUACAAAGAACAUGGACACAGAAUGCUUCUUAUCUGGUUACAUGGUGUCCUAAUGGCUGGCCAGAAUCCAAUUAAACAUUUAUAUGAAGAUCUAGUGAAAGGGGGAUUCCAACACCUAGCUGAAAAGUUCAGAGCAGAGAAUAAUGCUGGCACAGAAUCUAAGAAGUGUUCAAUUUCAUGAAUUCAUCCACCAAGGAGUGCGUGAAACAGCAUUCUAGAAUAAUUUACAAAUACUAAAGUUUUAUUUACAAGAAGAUGCUCCUUCAAAAUUGCUUGCUCCUUACACAAUUGUUCCAAUGUACUAAAACUUUUUUAAUAUAAAAAUAUU